CCUAUCCACUCUCCCCUACCGACCACACACCGCGCUGUGCUCGAAGCUCUCCCACCGCAAAAGAGGGCUCGCGAUCGUAUCCAUGGCCGCCGCGACCAUCUCCCUCUGCGGCUCACGCUGCGUCGCUCCGAGCCGGAGCCCCAAAGCUCGCCUCAACUCACAAGCAGCCGCCGCGCCGUACGCGCGGCCGUCGUCCUCGCGCCCAAGGGCGGUGGUCGUGGCCGCCAAGUCGUCGGGCGAGAAGGCGGACGAGAAGGUCCCCUCCUGGGCCCGUCCGGGCUCCGACGAGCCUCCUCCGUGGGCUCGCAACGAAGGCGGGGCCUCGGGGCAGGAAGGCGACGCCGCCCAGGUCCCGUUCUACGCCUACCUGCUCGCGUCCGCCGUGACGGCCAUCGCCGCCAUCGGGUCGAUAUUCGAGUACACGAACGGGCGGCCGGUGUUCGGCGUGGUGGGCACCGACAGCCCCCUCUACGCGCCCAUCCUCGGCUUCUUCGCCGUCACCGGCAUCCCGACCUCCGGGUACCUGUGGUACAAGGCCGUGCAGACGGCGAACAAGGACGCCGAGGAGCAGGAUCGCAGGGACGGCUUCCUCUGAUCUGGUUCGCUUGGGAGAGCAAUGAACACGCUGAACAUAUAUCGUAGUAUCCGUUUUUAGUACUUGGGCUGCAUGCCGAUCCAGCAGAGCAGAUGGGUUAGCACUGGGAAAAACAGCAGCAGGGCAGGUGGACUAAGAGCAGAAGAUCUCGUCUCUUCUUCCUCCUCUUCUACACAUGGAGCACUCGCCAUCUGAAGUCAGCAUUUGAAUGGAGGAAACGUGUCCCUUCAGUUUUCCCUGGGAUAAUUUUUCGCGCCUUGAUGUGAGUGUGUAUAUGAAGACUCAUGAAUAUAUCGAAUCCAUCGAUGCACACUU